CUCGGCGAAGUUGUUCAACAGGUCGAUCGUUUAGUUAACACAAACGAGAACAUCAACACCAAUAACAAUAACAUUGCAGAAAGUACUGUUAGAACGGCUAAUGAGAACAAUGGUCUUAUCAAUACUAUCGAAACACUAUGCAAAGGGCUAAAAACUAUGAUAGCCUUGUGUAAUGCAAAUUUUGUAAAUCACUCAGAUCAACCAAGCGUCUCGCUAACUUCAACACUUGACCUAACUAGCAUCACCCCGUCAAUAACAGAACCUAAUCAACAACAGCAUCAAAGCCUAAAUCCUUUUGCGGUUUGUAACUUUCAGGACGAAUCAUGUAUAGAAUCUUUUGUCACAAUUGAGGAAGGCAGUAUAACAUCAGAGGCUCUUAGCCUUGAUAACACCCUAUCGAAUUCCUAUCCCAAUGUCAUAUCCAUUUUGGAUGAUCAACAAGCCGGCUUAUCCUCACCUAAUGGAAAUUCCACCACAGUCGAUGAGAUCGGUACAGGCAUUGACCAAAAUUACAGUCCGUCAACUAUGCCCCCAUCGUUUGAUGAUCAAUUGAAGGAAUAUCGUACUAAGCACUCUCACACCUACAGAAUGAUAGAUGUCCUUGAUAAUUCUGGAAUAACACACAAAAAAACUACAAGCAAAAUCAACCCGAAACCGCAAAAACACCUGAUUUAG